GACAUCCACAUCCUUAGGUUACCUAGGUACAUACUCAUUCUUAUUAUAACCACCAUUCACGACCUUUGAUUGAGCGCGUUCCUGGCCUAUUCUCCGCUUUUACCGAUGCUUAAUUAAAUGCUAUGGCCGUCUUCGUGGUGGCUCACCCGAUAGAUACCCUUUAUGUACUAAUGUUACAGUAGUACGCGAUCCUUCGCAAUGGCGACCAUUGCCUCCCCCCCUCUACCCACCGUCGUGCCAGCUCAACUAGGCUUCUUAGCUAUCUAUAAUCCUUCGCUAGGCACGACAGACGAGACCUUAGACGAUCAGAUUGUUUACUAUGCCUCCGUAAACACCCAGACCAAGAAACGGCGGCACCGCUCGCGGGGCAAGCCGACCGAUAUCAUAUCCCAGGAAGAACGGAAUGAACGGUUGAGGCAGAUCGGCCUAGCGCAGGGCAUGGUUGAGUUCAGUCGGGGGUUCUCCGAUAACAAACCCAUCGAUACCAUAGAAACGGAGAAGAGUCGCGUUGUGCUACACGAAUUAGAGCCAGGCUGGUGGAUUUUGGCCUCCGUUGAUUUGACAAAGUUGCCUCUCCCGCCAAGACUCGGGGCUCCCACCCCAAAUCAGAAAGAUGACCCGUCGGAGAAUGUCGAGUAUUCAUCUCGGGAGCUCAAGCCAGCCGCCCUACUUAUGCAAGAUCUAUUGCGUGCCCAUUCCAUCUUCCUAUUACACCAUGCGGCGUCCCUAAGUGCCUUGUUUGUCCGGUCGAAGCGAUCCAAGUUCGUCAGUAUAUUAAGUCGAUAUUGGGAUUUAUUCUUGUCAACAUGGGACGUCAUGCUAAACGGCAAUCCUGCCACCAGCAUAUUUGGAGGUAUCAAAAUCGCUGCUUGUGGCGAGCUUGGCGUCGGUGUCGGCGAGGAGGAUCGUGGGAGCGGCGAAAGAGAAGUUCUAGAAGGGUUCGUCGAUAGAGUCGAGGGCUUAAUAGACUUAAUCGUAUGCAAAUUCGGUCCAUCGGAAUCCGGAGAAGGCGAAGAUUCUUCCAAAGACCCUAAGUUGAAUGAUGGGCCGACCCCAAAAUGGCUCGGCACCGGCGAAGAACCCGGAGCAGAAGAUGGCGCUAUAUUUUUGGGUGUCGGCGCUCUCACCCGAAAUUCGUUGCGUGAUGUUGCCUACUGGAUGGAAGAUAUCUACACAUGGGGGGAGGAUGCUUAUGGAGUGAGAGAAAGCCCGGCUUCGAUACGUCAAGCUAGGAAACCCAAGAAACAUACCUCGACAGGUAGUAAAGAUUCGGGUGGGAUUCCUGCCAAAGUUCCGGAGACGAACGAUUCGACCAAUCCAAAACAAUCGAGUACACAGGAGCAGUCAACGAACCCUAAGGAUUCAGGAAUUGAAUCGCCACAUGAUGCGGAAGAUGCGACAGAAGAAAGCGGGGUCAAUAGGUUCAUGAGCUACCUUAAGAUGGGCUAUGGUACACAUUGGACGUUAGGUAGCGCUGGUGGAAGCGAAGAUACUGUCCAAGAAGAGACCACGCCUAUAGAAAGUUCAAAAAAGGAUAAGAUACCGCCUAAUGAUUCACGCCGCUCCAAGGCGGCAAGUGGUGAUUCAGGGCACUACCUUAUUGGACUCCUUGGAGAUGUUGAGGAGACUAGUAAUAUCGAGCAUGGCGAGAAUAGAGAGUAUUCCGACACUUCGCCCGAAGAGGUUGAAUAUAAUUCGAGAGUCUUGCUUCGAACUCUUAUCGUAGAGCUAGAAAAUACAAAACGACCCGAAGCCGAAAUGACCCGGGAUUUAGGGAGCCAAGACAAUGAGCUGGGUAGUCACAAAAGUUGUGAAGGUUCAUCAUCUCAUUUUGACAGUCAAGACCGCAACAAAACCCAGAAGGUGCGCGUGGUGGUGUAUGUCAACAAGCCAUUCGUGUAUACGUUCCUAUUUCAGAAUCGGACGGACUCAUUGGCUUGGGAGAGUCUUUACAGGUCCUUGCACUACCAGCUUGCGCCACUUCGAAAACCGUUAGCUACGUCUACGGCUUACCGUCCCGGAAGACCGGACAUAGGGGCAGUAGGUUCCCACAUCUUCGAUCUCAUCUGGGACCCGGAAGCCAUGACGGUCCAUUCCACAAUCCCAAGCAUCCCAACACCCGGGCAGUUGAUGCAGGAAAAUGCGCAACCGGUCUGGUCGCGGGUCGAGGCAAUAAAUACUCACCAUCAAAUCCUCAACACGUACAUCACGACAUUGACGGACCCGUCAGAACUGGAACGUACCUGUAAGACCAGCCGCGGGUGGUGGAUCGUCUGGACCCGUAUAGUGGAAACAGACGGUUCCCAAACGCCUUCUCCGCCACCGCCGGAUUCUUCGGAUGCGAGCCUACCGCAUAGCGAAUCGGCGGAAAGUGUAGAUUUACCAAGUCGGUUAAGGAGAGGUAAAGUCGGCAAGGAGAUCUUCCUUAUCCGCAGAGCGGGCGAGCACACGCGGCUUAGGGGCCUGAGCAGCUCGUAUGCUGAGGGAGGCGGUGGUUGGACGGAUGGCGCGAGUCGGCUUGCGCAAGGGAUUGGCGUGGAUACGAAGAAAUAUAUCGAAGGACUAUUGAACCUAGGUCGGUGAGAGAUUGUAGAUACUUUGGUACCUAGUAGAAUUAUCAAAGCUCCUUUAGCUUUGCGAUGACAGGACAUUUGUGGAAGACAUACGGUGGGUAGGCGACAUAUCGAGUUCUAGACGGACUAGCUCGACAUGGGGAUUGUUAUGAAGAUUGACAGAGGCGUGAUGACAAGUGCUAGUUCAAACUUGAACGUAGUAGCCACAAUAGGCAGAAGGACGAGAAUAAAGGAAUUCAUCCUU